AUGAGCAGUCCACAGAGGCUCCAGCGCCCGCGCGGUAUCCUUAGUCUUCCACUCGAGAUCCUGCACCAAAUCUUCAGCUAUUUCGAAAAGCCGCAAGAGAUCUACACCGUGGCUACAGGCUCGUAUGUGGUUGAAAAUACCGAAGAAUUGCAUGAAAAGGUCCAGAUUGAAAACAAUCGCCGACAAUCUAUAAAAGCAGCACGACUUGUGUGCCGUCUAUUCAAUGAAGUUGCAUCUCCUCUACUUCAUGUGUGCCUUGGACUGGGACUGGAUCAGGAGUCAGUGGACUUCGUCGAGCACCUCUCUACGCGUCCUUCGCUCGCAAAGGGACUUCGCCAUGUUUCGCUUUGGCUAGAUUACUGGCCUAGAAAACUUGCGCUGGAUCUACGACAGUUCGCGAUGAUCCACCAAGGUUACUUUCAGCAGAGAUGCGAUUUACUCCGCCGUUUGCUCUCCACUCCGCUCAAUAUCAAUCCAGUGUCAAAGCAACAACUCCACUUCUACGAAGAAGUACUCGAAGCUUGGGACGCCUAUUUUGACACUUCAAACUACAAUGUGAUGCCACGAAAUCUCUUCAGUUACCAACAAUGCUUGCUGAACGGCUACGAAAAUUAUCAACAACGACACAGAGAACAGUCUCGGCUACUAGCGGAAGGGAGUUUUAUUCAGAAAAUUACCGCUUCUCUAGUGCGGAUGCCGCACUUUAACUCCUUACUGCUGAGCGAGUUCAACCGGCUUUCUAGGGACUACAGCCCAAGCCCAGGAGAAGAAUGGUGCGGCAUAGAUUGGCUGGGUCAAUAUCUGAGAGUUCCUUUGAGGUGGGAGAGAAUUGAAGAGCUGCAUGCAGAGCUAGUCCCAGUCAAGAUCCUCGUCGACUUACCAGUCGCUCUGCAUAGGGCAGGGGUGAAACUGACAGAGCUUGAUCCAACUGGGGAAGGCUCGCGGAAUGCUAGCUCCUGGGAUGACCUCUCCACUUCGUGUCGCGAGCUCAAGAAGUUCUAUUUUGCGCCAUACGAACCAGGGUAUAUUCAAGGAUCUAUCCCACUUGAGGUUCUUUCCGCUGACACCCGUGCAACCAUUAAUACGUUUGUCUCGGCUAUCCUCUCCGGCCAGUGCCUACAGAGUCUACACCUCGAUCUGCUAGCCCUGGAUGACUCUGGCCCUCCGCGAAACAACUCAGACACCUUCGGUGAGGCACUUGCUACAGCUCAAUGGUCCUGCCUUAAACGCCUUAUGCUGAGCGGCCUCACGAUAAAUCAAGAAGUCUUGGGAAAAAUGUGUACUGCAUUACCCGAUAAUUUGGAGCAGUUCGCUAUGCGCUUCAUCAACUUAAAGAGUGGGGUCUGGUCUGGAGCGCUAGACAUACUCCGCGACAAGCUCGCAGCCAGGUGCAUGCAACAAAGCUGCGAAGUCGACAUCUCUGGAGGAGAAAUUGGAUGGCAGGAGGUGUGGGAAGUUAACUUUGCUUGGGCAGAAACCCACAGUCGGUGGCUUGAGUCAUGGGGGUUCAUCGGCCAAAAGCUAAUUACCGACCAGUUAUUUGAGAGAUAUGUUAGCAGUGCCGGCGUGGGGAAAAUCCGUUGA